AUGGAGGAGGGCGAUGGCGGCGGCGGCGGCGCUGCUGGCGGUGGUGGCGCUGCUGGCGGCGGUGCUGGCGGACAAGGCGGAGUGUAUGACGACGGGUUGGAUGACCUGUGGCCGCCGACGCACGUUUCGUCGGAGCAUUUCCUGGCCCAGAUGUGGGAGGACGACCCGGCCGCGACGAACUCGACCAGGACAAGCAGCCACGCCGAUGGAGGAGAUGGCCUAGACACUGAAGUUUGGGAUGUGAGGAUACAAUUUGAGGAUGGUCAGGAUAUGGUAGAGAACCAAAUUUGCCGUGAUGACCUGACUUACAUGAAACUAGUUUCAAUGCUUGAGCCCCGUGGCUAUGGAUUUGGGGAUUCUAUGUACUGUAGAAUUCAAAGUGAAAUGGAAUUGGUUGAGAACAAUGCUAAAAUAUAUGAGCUGCUACUGCAUUUUGAUUCAACAAAGGUGUUAAACUUGACUGCUAAGAGGGGACUACAUGGUGUUGAUAAGAAAUUAAAAAAACCAAACAAGGCAGCACAUCAGGGGAUAAUUGUUCUAGCAUUGUAA